UAACAUAGCUGAGGAUAAAAACUUUCCAGACAUGUUUAUCUUUGGCUGUGAAUGCGGGAUUGUGGUUGCAACUGUGUCAUAAAGUUCAAGAUUCGUGAAAUCUUUCUUUCUUGCCACUUUUCCUAUUCAACAAUUGGCACGUAUAAGAUGGUUUCCCCUUCUUAUAAAUAAUAACCCAAGAAAAAAAGAAUCAAAAGGUAAAAUCCUAAAACUCUUCCAUUACACCACCCACUCAAGUAGGCAGUCUUCAUACGGAUUCUCACAACUGAAUAUUGGUCGCCUCAGCCACCCAAUUCUUCACCUUUAAAUUCUUUCCUCGACCUUUCAUUUUCUUGCUCUUCCACAACUCCCCCUUUGCUUUUGCUCACAAAGAAACAAUAGAUACCUGCUUAAACCACUUUUUUCUCUCAACUCCCUUCAACUUUUCCUACCGAAAGAUGAGAUAUUGUCGUCCCAUUAGCUUCCAUAAAGAAAAUAAUAUGCUUUUUAUAAAAAGCUUCAUGGUUUUGUUCUUAAGCUGCAUGACUAUUAGACUAAACUUGUGUUUUUCCAGCUACCAUUCUUCAUUGAAAACGCUUUCUGUUGAUGGGCAUUUUACCUUCGAUGAUUUGCACCAUGCAGCCAAGGACUUUGGCAAUAGGUUUCAGUUGCUACCUCUUGCAGUACUGCAUCCAAGGUCAGUUUCUGACAUUGCCAAUACAAUAAAACAUAUUUGGCAGUUAGGUCCUCAUUCACAGCUCACAGUUGCAGCUAGAGGCCAUGGGCACUCACUCCAGGGUCAGGCACAAGCCCACCAAGGAGUUGUCAUCAAUAUGGAAUCUCUCCAGGGCCCUAAAAUGCAAAUUCACGCUGGAAAGUAUCCAUAUAUCGAUGUCUCUGGAGGCGAGUUGUGGAUAAAUAUCCUGCAUGAAAGCGUGAAAUAUGGAUUAGCACCAAAAUCAUGGACAGACUACCUACAUUUAACUGUUGGUGGUACUUUGUCCAAUGCAGGGAUUAGUGGGCAAGCAUUUCGGCAUGGUCCUCAAAUAAGUAACGUUUAUCAGCUGGAAGUUGUAACAGGGAAAGGAGAAGUAGUGAACUGCUCAGAGAAGCAGAACGGUGACCUAUUCCACGGUGUUCUUGGAGGACUUGGGCAGUUUGGCAUCAUAACAAGGGCUCAAAUAUCACUGGAACCAGCACCUGACAAGGUGAAAUGGAUUAGAGUUCUCUACUCAGACUUCGCCACAUUUGCCAGUGACCAGGAGCACUUAAUAUCUGCAGAAAUCACAUUUGACUAUAUUGAAGGAUUUGUGAUAAUUAACAGGACUGGUCUUUUGAAUAACUGGAGGUCAUCCUUUAAUCCUCAAGACCCAGUCCAAGCUAGCCAGUUUGAGUCAGAUGGAAGAACUCUAUUUUGUUUAGAAUUGGCAAAAUACUUCAACACAGACAAGACAGAUGUAAUGAAUGAGGAAGUGAAGUUGUUGUUGUCUCAAUUAAGAUAUAUCCCAUCAACACUUUUUCUAUCAGAAGUUCCAUACGUAGAAUUCUUGGACAGGGUUCAUGUUUCUGAGGUCAAACUACGAUCCAAAGGCUUGUGGGAAGUUCCGCAUCCAUGGCUAAAUCUUCUUGUACCCAAAAGCAAAAUUCACAAUUUCGCUGAAGAAGUCUUUGGCAAUAUCCUCACAGACACCAGCAAUGGCCCCAUCCUAAUCUACCCAGUUAACAAAUCAAAGUGGGACAACAGAACUUCAGCUGUUAUUCCAGAAGAAGAUAUUUUCUACUUAGUGGCAUUCCUUUCCUCUGCUGUUCCCUCUUCCACAGGAACGGAUGGCUUAGAACAUAUCCUAACUCAGAACAGACGAAUUCUAGAAUUUUGUGGCACUGCACAUCUUGGUGUCAAGCAAUAUCUACCCCAUUACACUAAACAUGAAGACUGGCAAGCUCACUUUGGCCCACAGUGGGAAAUUUUUGUGCGAAGGAAAUCUACUUAUGACCCUUUGGCAAUACUUGCACCUGGACAAAGAAUAUUUCAAAAGGCAAUAUCUUUCUCAUGACAUUGGUGACAUUUUUAUAUAAAAAAGAGCCCUCACAGCACGUGGAAAGAGGCUUAACCUCUGUGUAAAUAGAUAACUAUCAAAUCUUCCUAUUUAGUAAUAUACUGCAAGUGCAACAGGAAAGCUGCAGGAGCUAGUUGAAUUGUUUCCCAAAAAGGUCAAAUAUUUCUGAUAUAUAAAGUAUUAAUUAUCAAAAACGGC